UGUCUUAUGUGCUCGGACCUUUCUCGCACAACCCAGGCAAUAUUCACAUCCAGCUUCUACUACUGUGGACAUGAGCGGCCUUCUGUUUGACAACAUGACCACCACCCUGAAUGGUAACGUGACGGGGAACAUCUCUCUAGAGGUCACUACGUACAGGGUGGAGGAUGCACUCUACCUGUCAGAGGACGAUCGACUGAAAGCAUUCUUAGAAUUUCAGGUGAGCUGGUACCUGGAUGUGGUGUACGCCCCAAUCUGCUCCAUUCUCGGCAUCGUCGGCAACACCUUGUCCUUCAUCGUCCUGUUAAGCUCCAACAUGCGUAACACCACUUCCUACCUGUACAUGGCCGCGCUGUCCUGCACCGAUACCAUCGUCCUCAUCCUCAACAUCCUCUUCAUGGUCACCAAGUUUCCUGAUCAGGAGAUUUUCAAUCGCGGAACCUGCGGGCUCAUCUUCUUUCUCAUGUAUUUCUCCAUUCACUACAACGUGUUCCUCAUGUGCACCAUGACGAUCGAGCGCUACAUCGCCGUCAAAUUCCCCCUCCAUGCACCCAAAUGGAUCACAAUCAGUAAGGCACGGAUCCUAAUACUGGUAGAGUUCAUUGUCGCUUUUUCUCUAGAUGUUCACAGCUUCUUCACACGCCAGAUAGUAGUCGACCCCAACACAGGUGUAGAGAAAUGCACAACACCUGGCGAGACCAAUACGUUCUUCGUAACUAAGAUAUGGCCAUGGGUGGACGCCGUGGUCUACUGCUACGGGCCGCUAACGUGUCUGUUGGUUGUGAACGUACUGAUCAUCACGGAGGUGAAGCGAGCUGGGCGUAUGCAGAGGGAGAUGACCAAUAAAGGUGCUGGGGAAAAGACCGCAGCCGACGCACGGAGCAGGGAGCGCCAAGUGACCGUCAUGCUUCUCUCCGUGUCCUUCACCUUCCUUAUCUUCGUCACCCCCAUGGCCGUCAUUAUCGUUGUUGAGCGAUACUUCUGGGUUCAGCACAAUGCCCACGAGCAGGCCCAAUACCACCUGGUCCGUACAAUCUGUAACAACAUGAUGUACACCAACCAUGCCUUGAAUUUCGUUCUCUACUGUGUUGGAGGCAAGAGAUUCCGGGAUCAGUUCUUCGCCAUAUUCUGCUGCGUUGACAAACAGAAGCAGGCCGCCAUGGCGCGCUCAAUGAUGUCCAUGGACACGUCCACUACCAACUCAAGGGUCAGCGUUGUCUCAAAUGGAAACGUCAGUGUACAAACAAAAUGAAAGUAAUUUUAACGGAAGGAUUUCCUGAUCCAGAGUUUACGGACGAAAUCCACUAUUUCUAAUCUGUGAAUCUUUCUAUUGAUGGAGGUGAAAACAAAAGAUAACACUGAAUCACAGAAUGUACGAUAGUCCGCCAAACAAAUGUACGAAACUUCGUGUAACAUGGUGCACGACGGUCAGCUGUACAACAUCCAGGCUUUGAUAAGGUUUAAGGUCUUUAUGAUCAGUGUUAUAGGAUAUUUCCUAGUAACAACUUCAAUAUUGUAUCUCUUUAACUCACAAAUGAUGCCUAAUAUUGAUAUUACGCGUUUAUUCAUUUGUAAUUAAUUCCAUAGAAAUAUAGUGUUUUAUGUUGUAUCCAAUUGUAUUUAAUCUACUGCAAGUAAAUUCGUUUUAUGACUCUUAUUACAUCAAUAGAACUGAUAGGUCGUUUGUGGUGUAUAAAACAUGUGUUGAACCUAAACAUCAAUGACAAC